AUGUUGGCAGACGGUGAAAUAGUUGGAGAUGGUUCGUGGAACCUCACCAUUUACGUGACGGACAUGAAUGAGAAGCGUACAAUGGUUGUGAAGGGUGACAUGCAUAUCGGCGGGGUUAUGCUAAAAUUAACAGAGAGUUUCGGGAAAGAUCUAACAGGUUUGUCAGUAAUAAAAGCAACAGCAAUACCUGAUUUGCAAGGGCUACUGUGUGAAAGGGACGCAAGAUGUGCGUACGCAGGCACGCGUCCUUCGCGGACAGUUUUUUAUACUCAGCAAGUUUUUUCCACUACCACAGGUGAACUACCGAUGGUGACAUGA